GAAUGCCAAUCGCCUGAGCUUGGGUAGUCUGCUGUAUAUGUUGGGUAACAAAAUAACGGAAUAUUUCCUUCAAUUUCAAUCGGAUUAACUUCAUAUUCCUUCAACAUUGUUCACUUGGAUAAUGGGAGGUUUUCGCUCUGAAGGAUUCACUACGAUCGGGACUGUUGAGCACAGCGGCAGGCAGGGAGCGAAGCUAGCACUGCGGAUAUCUGAAACGUCUUCUUCCCUACAUCGCAUCAACAUAGUACCUGUUUGCAAACCGUUCUCUCUCCAAGCUUCAAGUAAUAUGUCUGCUGUGGAGGUAGAGCGACUAGUACUCGCCCCACGAAGGAAAAUUCUGACCGGUUUAAGCAUGCCCAAAUCGAAGGCUUGCCGCAAGCUUGUUUUCGAGCCAUCUUCAAACCAGAACGAUCGCGAAGAGGAUGCUGCCAGUGAGGAGACAUCGGAUAACUACCUUCAGGAACAUCGUCAAAGGCAGAUUCAGAGAUGGGGAUUCGACUUUGGAGCGGGUCAACCUCUUCCGAACGGCCGAUUGAAUUGGGAAGCCGAGUCCGAGGAAAGGGUACCAGCAUUCUACAGGGAAUCGUGCCUCAGGAGCCCUUCUCGAAGAAAUCACCGCGUACGGAGGAUUAUCAUGUCGGCAAGAACAAGUGAAUCUGCGGAACAUCAUCGCUCAGCUGAUAACGGGACCUUAGCGGCUGGGCAGGUGCAUGGCAGUCGGGUGUCUGCUAGUGCUAGGUCUGAAACCGAAACAGCAUCUGUUGCUGUUUCUACAUGUAAACCGUCCGUCCAUCGCGAGGAAUUAACCUCUGAGGAUAUUAACCAAGGAUGCAAUAGUGUUGAGACCAGUAAUAAUGGAAUAUCAUCUCGACCGUCAACAUCAAAGGCCAGCAUAACGCAAUCACAUAUACAUGACUUCUUCAACCAAAGGAAAAGACGGAGAAGUUUAUCCGAGGACUCGAGUGCAAAGCGGGCAAAGCCACUCCCAGACCAUCUGGAUAGACCACGAUCCGCCCCAGCAGCAGUAGCAACGUCAUCAUAGCAACGCCAAGCUGUCCACUUCAAAUGAGAUUCAUGAUACGUGCGAGUUAAACAGGGUCAGCGACGUUCGGUUCACGAUAAAUUUCAGCUUGUUUACGCCAUCGCUCUCACUAGUCUUCUCCAUCAGCCUUUACUACCAGUUGUGCCACCAAGACCAGUAUCGCGUGAAGUUGCUCAUCCGAUGCACCAGUACCCCCAGACGAUUGAAAGCCUUCAUCAGGAAACAUGUCUCUGAAAGCUGUUGGGAUGCAACUUCUAGACAACCUUGUGGACAUUUACGACUUGGUAGGGUCUGGUGAAGAGACUACCAGUCGAAGACUAAAAUGCCUGGCUUAAAGCCAGAUAAAGAGACACUUCAAACUGCACAGCUGAAUAACAAUGCAAGAUUUUGGCAGCCUGCCAUUGUACAAUACUUCAUGUGUAUUAUGUGUGUGGGAGCCACUACCUGCCUAAUUUAGUCUGCCAAUCAGACGCUAAUUGUGAGCUUUGGGUCUGUUUAUGAUAAUAUAAAGAAAAAGCCUCAAGUUCAGUGGAGCCUAAACCAACUUCACAAUAGUUAUGUUAUUUUAGGGAGCAGUUUAAGUAUAGCUAAUUAGCUAUGGCUACAGCCUGAACGUUUUAUACACUGUUAUGAGCAUUGUACUUGGCAAGGGUUUGUGUGCGCAGACUAGCUUUCGAGCCCGCCAAAAUGGUUGUCACGUGAUCUGGACGCGUACGCCCAUCUCGAGGCCUAUGAGGUCGAAGGGUCAAAGCGAAAACCUGACAAACAACUUGUUCGGCUACCCUGGAUAUUAUUCCCAGGGAAGUCUUGUGAAAAUACUCCAAUCAGAAAAAUAACCCUCAGUACAGCAGUAAAGGCAGAAGAUGAACUGGGAAUUUAAUAAUUCUGGUUCCUUCUAGGCUCUAGCUCAACUUCUGACUCUAGAUAGUUUACUUUAUUUUCUUCUCCCCCCCCCCCCCCCCUGUGGAAUAAUCCAAACUCUGUACCGAAGAUGCAGAUCCUUACACUCUCACACUUACCCUUGCCUCCGUUGCGAUUUCUUGUUUUCAUCUCACUUUGAAUCUUGAAAUUAUAAUUAUUAAACAACUCAUCCUCAAAGCUGAGUCUUUCUUGGCUCUUCAAUAUCAAAUUCGAGAAGAGUUCGAGUCUAAAGUGAUCAUAAUGGUUGUCACAGUCAUCUUUCUCGUUUACUUCUGGUUUAAGAAGUUCUCUAUACAAAAGCAAUCGCAAUAAUUUUCCUUUUGAGAAAAAUAAUCUUUGUGGCCUUUCGUGCAAAACCCAUGUUUUCAUUGCCUCAGCUGAUCGUUGAUCACAGAUGGAAUGACUUUCAUACAAGAAAGACCUUUCCAAUCGAGGGAAUUAAGACCAACAAAAAAACGUACUGUUUAUUCCUGUAAAUGUUUGGGUUAAAGUUCUUACCUAACACAGUUGUUGCUAUGUCAGAAUUCACUUAUAAACCUUUUUUAAAGGUUAAUUGUAUAUAUGCCAGAUGUCAUACAAAGUUGUGUAUAUUAUAUUUUAUCUUAUUUAUUUACUUACAUCGCAAUUCACGUUUUCCUAACAUUCCAUUGUAUUGACUCCAAUAAGCCGGAAGUGGGAAUACAGAUAGAAGGAAGAUACGUGGGAAACGGCAGGCCUAAUUAAAAGCAAUAUAACCUGUUAUCAUUAAAGACAAAUGAUUCCUUUUCCUCCACUAUCUGGUAAUUUGUGGAAGCACCAGAUGUUUUAGAGAUUAUUUCAAGUACAAGAAUAAUUCACGACAUGUCUAAGCGACCAAAUGUUAAUGUCCCAAAUAAGUAGGUGAAGAUUCACCCAAAUUGGAUGAUGCUUUACCAAGUUCACACGUUCUGUAUUACCCAUAUGAUACAAAACCCUCACAAAUCCAUUAUUUGAUAAACUUGCAGAUGUUUUAUGAGAUUUUAUUGUGAUUAUGAUCUCGUCUGUCUAGUGGGUUUAUUUCUAGAAUCUGUAUGGUAAUACGCAUUGAUUGGACUGCAAAACAAACGUUCAUGAGAAACGGAAGACCUGUUGGUACAGAGUAUAUUGCAAUGUGAUACCAAGAUCAUCUGUGCAAUAUGCAUUGCGUCUUUAACUUGAAUUCAGAGAACUACAUAACUGCAGGGACAUGUUGAUUUCGCUUUUCUUUCUGUCAAAGCUUUUGUCUCAUAAACAUAUUUAUAUUUGAGACUCAAAAAGAAGAGUUAUAUGAAUUUCACAUGGUGCAGAUUGCAGGCAUUCAUUUUCUGAACAUUCUGGUGAAUUAUUCAAUGAAUUUUAAUUUUUUUUUUGCAAUAGUGUGAUUAGUGAGUUGUGAUUUGUUAACAAAACAGGGGUUUGUUUUCUCGAUAGAAGUCUUUCGCGUUUAUCCCUUCGAUAAAAAAGAAACAAAUUGGAUGGAUACCUAUAUAUCCUCAUGUAGAUUUCGAAAAGCAAGGUAAAUAUGUUUCCCUUUAACUGAAAUAUCGGAACCCAGAAAAGUAAUGUCCCCUGUUUAUUUCAAAUUUCAAAUUUCUAUAGAAUAAAUAUGCGCCACAAAACAUACGUGUAGAUAUGUUUUAAUAUCAGGUUUAUCAGUCAGAAAUAUGUAUAUGAUAGAAAGGUUCAAUAAUAUUUAGAUUAAUACAAGAAAUGUAGUCAUUUUGUCAUUCAUAUAUGGCUAUCAUGAAUGUGUACAUAUGCUAUGUAUCUAAAGUUCGAAAAAGAAAUAUUAAAAUAAAAUGAAAUAGAAAUUA